AGUUGGGUUGGCUUUGAGUCUCAGGCAGGGCAUUGAAGAGCAUCUGAAGGAGUGAAGUCAAGAGCCCUCUGCUGAAAUCUGAGCUUGAAAGUGCAAAUGGAAAACCCCCGGCCAUUAUGGGACAAUUCCUUACAGUUUGUUUUUGCCUGCAUUUCUUAUGCAGUGGGGCUGGGAAAUGUUUGGAGAUUUCCAUAUUUAUGUCAGCUGUAUGGAGGAGGGGGAUUUUUAAUCCCAUAUUUCAUCAUGUUAAUUGUAGAAGGGAUGCCUUUGCUAUACCUGGAGUUGGCAGUGGGACAGCACAUGCGCCGAGGGAGCAUAGGCGCGUGGAAAAUCAUAAGCCCCUACCUCAGCGGGGUUGGCAUUGCCAGCGUGGUGGUGUCAUUUUUCCUCUCCAUGUACUAUAACGUUAUAAAUGCCUGGGCGUUCUGGUACCUGUUCCAUUCAUUCCAGGAUCCCUUGCCAUGGGCCAGUUGUCCACUGAACAGUAACCACACUGGUUUUGAUGAAGAAUGUGCGAAGACCUCAUCUACUCAGUACUUUUGGUACAGGAAAACCCUGAACAUUUCACCAUCCAUUGAGGAGUAUGGGAGCAUCCAGUGGGAGCAAGCAGUAUGCCUGAUCCUGGCUUGGCUGGUGGUCUAUCUGUGUAUUCUGAGAGGAACAGAGUCUACUGGCAAGGUUGUCUACGUAACAGCUUCUUUGCCAUAUUUAGUCCUGCUCAUAUACUUAAUUAGAGGACUAACACUACACGGAGCUGUGAAUGGGCUGAUUUACAUGUUUACACCAAAGCUAGGCCAAUUAGCAAAUCCUAAAACCUGGAUUAAUGCAGCUACCCAGAUCUUUUUCUCACUUGGUCUUGGUUUCGGAAGCCUGAUAGCGUUUGCCAGCUACAAUGAGCCAAACAACAACUGCGAAAGACAUGCCAUAAUUGUCUCUUUGAUAAACAGCAGCACGUCAAUAUUUGCCAGUAUUGUGACUUUCUCUAUCUAUGGCUUUAAGGCGACUUUCAACUAUGAAAACUGUCUAAGCAAGGUAAUACUGCUGUUGACAAACACUUUUGACCUGGAAGAAGGAGCUUUAACUGCAGACAACCUCGACAGUAUGAAAGAUUACCUGAUGUCUACUUACCCAAACCAGUAUGUAGAAUUAUUGCCACAGAUUAAAAACUGCAGUCUGGAAGCUGAACUAGACACGGCUGUCCAAGGCACUGGACUGGCAUUUAUAGUGUAUUCGGAAGCGAUAAAAAACAUGGAGGUCUCUCAGCUGUAUUCAGUGCUGUAUUUUAUUAUGCUGCUGAUGCUGGGCAUAGGCAGUAUGCUGGGAAACACUGCAGCUAUCCUCACCCCUUUGACAGACAGCAAAUUUCUGUCCACCCAUUUUUCUAAAGAGGUGAUCUCAGGUACUGUGUGUUUCAUCAACUGCAUUGUUGGCCUGGCGUUCACCAUGGAGGCUGGAAACUAUUGGUUCGACAUAUUCAAUGACUAUGCAGCUACCCUCUCUCUGCUGCUCAUCGUUCUGGUGGAGACAAUCGCGGUUUGUUACAUCUAUGGGCUAAAGCGAUUUGAAAAGGACCUUCUCCUAAUGGUCGGACAUAAGCCAAACUGGUAUUGGAAAAUUAUGUGGGCUUUUGCCAGUCCUGUGCUAAUUAUAAGCUUGUUUAUAUUUUACCUGACUGACUACAUCAGCACAGGAACCCUGCAAUACAAAGCCUGGGAUGCCACACAGGGUCAACUGGUUACAAAAGACUAUCCAAGAUAUGCCCUGGCAGUUAUUGGACUACUUGUGGCUGCAUCCACAAUGUGUAUACCACUAGGUGCAAUAAUAAUUUUUAUUAUGAAGAGACUGAAGAGAAAUGUAUCAACUCUUGAAUGAAUGUUCAUAACUGGACUCAUGAAAACUUCACCAGUUGCAAUACCUGUGUGGAUCUUUGAGACCACAGCAACCAUUACUUGUAGCAACUAUUUAUAGAUCUGCAGAACCUUGGGUGAUGUAUUUACCAUGAAGUGCUCUUGGCAGCUCCCACAGUGGUUCAAAAAGCUCUUCUGUAGCAGAUGAAGCUUUAAGAGGGUCUCUAACUGAUAUACAAACCUCACAAAAAGCCACUUAGCACAAGUUACCAAGUAUUACUGGCUAAUGACAACUGAUGUUAGGCUGUUCUCUCUCACUGUGCAGUACUGCCUACUUCAAACAAUAAGCAUCAAUUAUCUGAAAGCAAGUACUAGAAAUUACUCUUCUAAAUAGUAUGCAUAUACAUGACUGCGUUUCUUGAAAUUUUAUAUAUAUAGUUUGACUUCUCAAAUUUUGUAAUCUGAAUGUGACAGUCUACUAUUUGAGAGAAAAAAUUACUAGGAAGUAUCUGUAUGUUGAGGUAAAGGAGGUCAAUAUUUCUUAAAAGAGCUGACAUAAAAGCAAAACAGCUUAAGCUUAUGCAUAAGCUGUGUCAAUUCUUAUGUUUCCAAUAGAAGUAAAUAUCAGGUUCCACUAUGCAA